AUGUCGACGAGGGAGGCUGAGCCUUCCACGGCGGAUCUGCCGCCAAUAAGUACCGUGGAAGUAUGUAGGAUGAAAUCGUUCAUUCUGAUAAAUGUGGCUGCGUGUGUAACCUUAUUGGCAACGCUGGCGGUGGUAUUCAUACCGUUCCCAGGGCUACGUGUUACACGCCAAAUUGAGACGAUCGACAUUAAUCUCAACGAGCACACGCUACCUGCGCUGAUUUACGUAGAAGCAAAGGAAGAGGAUGAUCAACGUAUGAAUUUCUAUAUCAAUACGCGUUAUCCUUACCAUUCCAUCGGCAACGUCACUCUUGGUGAGGCGGUCCUUCCAGUUUCUAAGCACUGCAGGAAUCGAUUCGUGGCGUCAUACUACACUGAUAAGCCAAUCAGCAUUCCGUCCUAUGUGAACGUGUAUGAUCUAUACAGUGGCGCGAUUGCAGUCACAAAAUUUUUUAAGUCGAACGCUCCACUCGUGUACGUACAGUACGAUAGUUCGGCAUAUGUGAUUCCGCACGAGCUCUCGGAUCCUCUAAAUUUGGAAGCAGAUAUACACGAUCUGUUAUACAACGACGUUCAAUACGCCAUUAAGACACGUUUCGAAGAUGCGGAUGGGAAGAUUGUGCGCGACGUUAAGUUCACUGCCAAUGUCAAAGAGGUUACUCUAAAGAUCGGUCAAAUAUCGUCUAAGUUCACCAAUGAUGUGGCUACAUUUGCUGUUAGGACCGUAGACAUGCCAAAAUACGAAGUCAUAAGGAUAGCUGUACACCCACUAACGAAGACCGCGCCGCAUAAACAUGUUUACUACGUACACGGAAGCAAUUGGAAGCUUGCAUACGAAGGCAACCAAGGGUUGCAAAAGCUAUCAAAUGAUCACAACAUAAAAGAACGUCUUACGGAAGGGAUGUUCGACGUACAUCGCGUGCGUAUUGAGGAUGGGCAGCAGAUACCCAUGGAGUGGACCACUCCUCUCCACAGCAAGCUUCAUUACCAUGAAGCCAGCGCGGACGGCUGGAAGUAUACGUUCUUUUUUGCGGAUAAAAGCCACAUCCUGGGUGACAAUAUCUUGGGUGGUGUUAUACAUAAAGAUGCCUCAACCCCAGCUGCGGUUGCAACGGAUCGUAUUAUCAUUGUGUAUGACCAGGCGAAAGAGAGUGACCAACCACGAGGCUUUAUCUGCACGAAACGGGAACUAGAAUACGUGUACAGCCCCAUAUCUGGACCAGGCAAAUCCCGCCCUGAAAUGCCAGAGACACCAUGA